GUGCCCGGCGGCGGGCGCGGCCCGGGCGGGGUCGGAGCGAUGGCGGAGAGCGACUGGGACACGGUCACGGUGCUGCGCAAGAAGGGCCCGAGCGCGGCCCAGGCCAAGUCCAAGCAGGCGAUCUUGGCGGCCCAGCGGCGCGGGGAGGACGUGGAGACCUCUAAGAAGUGGGCGGCAGGCCAGAACAAGCAACACUUCAUUACAAAGAACACGGCCAAGCUUGACCGUGAAACAGAGGAGCUGCACCAUGACAGAGUUUCCCUGGAGGUGGGAAAAGUGAUCCAGCAGGGCCGGCAGAGCAAGGGCCUCACACAGAAGGACCUGGCCACGAAAAUCAAUGAAAAACCACAAGUUAUCGCUGACUACGAAUCAGGACGAGCAAUCCCAAAUAACCAGGUCAUGGGCAAGAUCGAAAGAGCCAUUGGCCUCAAACUGCGUGGAAAGGACAUUGGAAAACCGCUGGAAACUGGCCCCAAAGGGAAAUGAUAACAAAGCCUCGAAAUCGGUUUGCUCAGACUGAUCUGGUUCUCCUCAACCACUCUGCAUAUUGCCAAGCUGAACAAGAGGGUUUCAGACUAGCUUUGGGGGGAAAUCUGCUGCAUCUGUACCUGCUGUAAAAAGGCAACCUUAAAGAAGCAAUUUACCUGAUGUUUGUUUUUCCUUGCUCCUUUUCAAAGAUUGAGGAUCUAAACCCCAAGAAAAAACCCAAACCCUGCCUCUGGUUUGCCAGAAAACAUGUGCAUUGUGGUGUUAGCAGCAGCUGAUGUUAAGGCACUUAGGGUGGUCUGAAAUAUGAUGAUUUAAUUGAAACAAUUUGGGGGAUGGGUGAGAUGUAUUAUAUAUAAAUAAUUUGGGAGAAUUGGGGCUUGAUCAGAAAUGAUGACUCAGUCGCUGUAUCUCAAUGAGUUUGGUUUGUUCUUUCCAGCCUGUUUUAAAGAGAUCUAUAAUAAAGUUUGAUACCCUUCAGUUGC